AGACACACAUCAAUGGAGUCUAGUGCUGGAACAGCGUCUGAAAAUGGAGUGAAGAUGAGAUAUGAGAAUAUUAAAAAAUCACCAAAUGAUAAGAGAGUCUACAAAGGAUUAAUCCUCAAUAAUGACAUGAAAGUUCUGUUGACAAGUGAUUCAACCACCGAUAGAAGUGCAGUGGGUUUGUAUGUUAAUGUUGGAUUCAUGAGCGAUCCGGCAGAAUUACCAGGUCUUGCUCAUUUGUGUGAGCGCAUGCUGGUCCACGGUACCGAGAAGUAUCCAAAUGAAAAUGAGUACACCUCUUAUUUAUCUCAGCAUGGAGGAGCUUGGGAUGCCGCUACAGAGUUGGAUUAUACGACUUAUUUGUUCAAUAUUAUUCCAGACAAAUUAGAAGGGGCUCUCGAUAGAUUUUCACAAUUUUUUCUCAAGCCAUUGUUCACAGAGUCCAUGAUGGAUCUCGAGAUUAAUGCCAUUAACUCCGAGCACGAGAGAAAUAUCGCUAAGGAUUGCCGGAGGGCUGAACAAUUGGGCAGAUCCUCAGCUGAUCCUCAACAUCCUUAUUCCAAAUUUGGAACUGGUAAUCGGGAAACUCUUGAUGUGAAUCCGAAAAAAAAUGGAAUCAAUGUUCGGAAUGAAUUACUCAAGUUUCAUGGAACCUGGUAUUCGGCUAAUAUCAUGACCCUUUGUGUUCUCGGAAAAGCUUUUUGAGGAAUUUUCUGAUGGGAUUGACCCGAAAAAAUAUAGAGGAGCGCAUGACAAAUGGAACACCCGGACAAAAAGGGAUACGGUGGCAAAUUAGAACACCUGCGGGAAAGGGUUUUUUAUUUCUUUCGAGUCAUUUUUUGUGCCCAAAAAUGUGCGAGACAUUCCAAAAUUGUCUCAGUGUUUUUUUACUUUUUUAUCUUUGAAAAUUGUCAAAAAAUACGCCAUCUAAUUU